AAAAUCGACGAAAAUGUCGUGUUUUGGGGAAAGCUAAUGAAAAUAUCCGUUUAGCCUUAAUUUUUUUUAUUUUUUUUUAGAGUUAAAAUAGAGAAAUGGUGCUAUCAUUGUGGCUUCUUUUGUCACAUAUCUGACUGACUCAAUGAUGGCAAGAAGUCCAGAAGGUGAAGUGGCCCCUAGGGACUCAAAGGCUCGUUUCCAUAGCUACCUCCAUGGCGGGACCUCCAGCCUGCUCUCCACCCUUAUCGUCUUCCCCGUCUACAAGACUGUCUUUCGCCAACAAAUCCACAACAUCCAGGUUCACCGAGCCGUGGAGCAGCUCCACAGGGAAGGCCUUCUAAAGCUCUACAGGGGCGUGACUCCGCCUCUCCUGAUGAGGACACUGAGUGGGACGCUCCUCUUCGGCCUGCAGGAUACCUUCCUCCGCCUGCUCUCCGGGCCAUCAAUCAUCCCCCGCUCCUUCCUCCCAGCUGUGGCCGGCCUCGGUGUAGGACUGGUCGAGGCGGUGGUGUUUACCCCGUUUGAGCGUGUUCAGAACGUGCUGCAGAGCGGACACAACGACCGCCGUCUGCCGACGCUGAAGAGCGUUCUGGUCAAGCUGAAGGCGCAGAGGGUAUCCUUAGGCUACUACCGCGCCUUCCUGCCCGUCGCUGCCCGCAACUCUCUGGGCAGCGCCCUUUACUUUGGCUUAAAGGGACCCCUGAGUGCCGCCGUGGCCGGGCAGGGGCUCUCGCCGUUGGCGUCCUCCUUCGUUUCGGGGACGCUGACCUCCAUGGCAAUCAGCCUGAGCUUGUACCCGCUGUCCGUGCUGGUGGCCAACAUGCAGGUGGGCGUCCAGGCGGAGGCGAAGGGGGUCACGGCCUGCUGGAGGAUGCUGUGGAACUCCCGACAAAGGAGCGUGGUCUUAUUGUACCGAGGCGGGGCCCUGGUUAUUCUGAGGUCAUGCAUCACCUGGGGCAUCACCACCGCCAUCUAUGACAGGCAACAAAAACGCUCCGGCUGACGACA